UUAUCCAUAGAGUCUGAAAGUGAACCGGAGUUAUUUUGAAUUUACAUUGAUAAUCAAGACGAAAACAAAUCAUUUGUGAACCCCGAAAAGUGCAAACGACACGCGAAAUCGUUCCCAGAUAAGGCGACAGUUUGUCAGAAGCCGGAAGUAAAUAAUUAAAUAAAAUGCAGCAUUUAAUAUUCUUUUUCCUUGUGAUGGCUGUAUCAUUGGUGAUAGUGUCACCAGCAGAAAUUGGAUAUCGCCACCACCGUGAAAGACAUCAUGGAAAGCACCACAUGAAAAGAAAAGAAAACUCAUCCCAAGAUCAUAAACGCACACUGCCACCAAAUAUUUGGACCUUGUUGGCAAGUAAUAAAAGCGAUGUCGGUACAAAGUACAACAAUGACAUCGAGCCAAGCCAUGAUGCGAAUGAGAUCGUUGAUGAUUCGUCGGACUUUGAACCAUCCGAUGAUGCUGACGAUGAAUCAAUUAAAAAAGUAGCAGCAAAUUGUCCAAAGUGCAAACAAAAUAGUGUCAAGAUGAGUGAAGAUGAACUGGCCAAUUUACGUAUUGAAUAUGUCAAGAAUCAAAUUCUUCAUAAAUUAAGAAUGACAGAAAGACCAGCGCCAGUAUCAAAGGAUGAACUUCCCGAACCAAUACAGGAAGGUUAUGCAAUCCAAGGCGAUGACGACACUGACUAUCUGAAUCGUCAUCUGGACGACUACUUUGCUAAAACUACACAAAAAAUCAUCUUUCUCACUCAAGAGCCUGAAAAGUGUAAAUCACAUGAAUCCAAUGAGUAUCCGUCGACAUGCUUUUCAUUCCAAAUUCCAUUUGAUGUUGAUGUCAGCACAGUUGAAUCAGCGCAACUCUGGUUAUAUAAAGAACCUGAUAGCCCUGAUUACGGCUCAAAGCAAACGUUUCUCUUAUCAGAAAUUGGUCAUUGGGGGUCUAAUAUGAACUUCACCAAGGCUAAACCAAUUGCUAUCAAGGAAAUGGAUUACAGCGGCGAGGCAUGGGAAAAGAUUGACAUCGCAUGGCCCGUGAAAAAUUGGGUUGAAUAUCACGAUUUAUCUCACACAAUUCAAGUUGCAUGUGAGACGUGCAGUGCUGGAAGUAUUCCAAUUUCCACGCACAACGAUCGCAAGCCUUUCAUCGUCAUCGACACAUUCCCUCAAAGAACCUUAAGUCGUCAAUCACGAAAUGUAAACUGUGGUCCGGGAUCAAGUGAAUGUUGUCGCGAUUCGCUCUACAUCGAUUUUUCUACUAUCGGAUGGGAUGACUGGAUCAUUCACCCGAAAGGCUAUAAUGCUUAUUUCUGCCGUGGAACAUGCAAUCGAGUAGCUUCUAUCACUAAAGCUGGUACACAUCACAGCACUGUUCUGAAUAAAUUUAUGCAUCAUGAAAGCAAAGGCAAGAAAAAGAAGCUCGAAUUGGUUCCAUGCUGUACAGCCACAAGAUACACUUCACUUCAAAUAUUUUAUCUUGACAGCAACAAAACUGCCACACAAGUUACACUUCCGAAUAUGAUAGUAGAAUCAUGUGGAUGUUCAUGA